UUUGUUAAACCUGGCCAACCUUACCGCAGGAAGUGAAGGUGACGAUCCUACUAAAUGGCCAAGGCUUUGAGGAUGGGGACUGUGACAUUCACGUAGAUGUUGCCUCUGGAAACAGCGGCAGUGUUUCCAUCCUCUUCCCAGCUUUGAAUACCCCGGGCAUCCGGAUUGGCAGCUGAGACCCACUGACGGCCCUGGUUGAUGUUGAACCCGCCCACGCCACAGGAUGGGGAACCAUACAUCAUCAUCUUUGGGGAAGUCAGAAACUACUCCUGUGAACCAAAUCCAAGAAACCAUUUCUGAUAAUUGUGUGGUAAUUUUCUCAAAAACAUCUUGUUCUUACUGUACAAUGGCAAAAAAUAUUUUCCGUGACAUGAAUGUUAAUUAUAAAGCAGUGGAAUUGGACAUGCUUGAAUAUGGGAGCCAGUUUCAAGAUGCUCUUUAUAAAAUGACUGGAGAAAGAACUGUUCCAAGAAUAUUUGUCAAUGGAACUUUUAUUGGAGGUGCAACUGAUACUCAUAGGCUUCAUAAAGAAGGGAAGUUGCUACCACUAGUUCAUCAAUGUUAUUUAAAAAAGAAGAGAGAAUUUCAGUAAUGUAGGUACUUACCAUGACUAGUAAAUGUUAAUGUGAUAAUACCUGAUAAUGCCUUUUAAAUAUUUGAGGAUGUUUUAAAUGUGAAUUAUCUUCAUGAUUAAAAAUAAUGAAAAAUAAAUGGCUGUGGACACCUCA